CGAGCGGGCCCCGGCGGCCCCCGGCUCGGUGCGCUCUCGCCUCCCCGGGCCCGGGGCUGGGCGAGCCGCCUCCGCCUGGGCGCGAGCAGGAGCCGAGGCCGAGGGCCGGAGGUAGCGGCGGCGGCGGCGGGAGCGCCGGGCUCAGAGCCCCCGUCCCCGGCCGUGCGAGGACAAAGCGCCCCCGGCAGCCGCCGCCACCGCGGCCUCCGCCUCGCUGCGCCGCACAAAGGGCGCGUCGCGACACGCUCCCAUCCCCCUCCCAGCUCGGGGUGGCCCCCGGCCCCGGGUGGCGGCGGGGAGGAGGGGGAAGCCGCGGCCACGCCGCCCUCGUCCCCUCCCUCGGGGCCGCGCGAGCGCACCGCCCCCGCCCCGGCUGCCCGUCCUCCGGGGGAGGGGUCGGGGGGCGCGGCGCCCCACAUAACACUCCCCCUCCUGCGCUCGGAGCCACCCCUGUCCCCUCCCUCCUGCAAACACCGCCGCCUCCUCUGCCAACGCCGCCACCUCGCCCGACGCUCCGCAGCUCGCCGCGGCCGGGGGGCGGUGCGCGGAGCGGGCGCGCCGGCUGCGCCAGAUGUGCAGUCCCCGCCGCCGCCAGUGACCCCGCCGCAGCCCGAGCGGGAUCGGGCCGCCUCCCCCAUGCUGCGGGGGCGACCUUGAGCGCACCCCGGCUUCCCUCGGCUGGGACCCCGGCACCCCGAGCGCAGUGCCCGGUCCUGUCCUCUCCAGCCCGGCUCGCCCCGCAUUGGGACAUGGAAGGGGCCGCUGCGCCCGCGGAGGGGGACGGCCCCGACUUGGGGCGGGGGGCGCCCGCCUCUCGCUCGGAGGCGGUGGCGGGGGCGACGGCAGCCCCCGUGGCGGCGGCGGCCCCGGAGCCCAGGAAGCCGCACGGGGUGAAGCGGCAUCACCACAAGCACAACUUGAAGCACCGCUACGAGCUGCAGGAGACCCUGGGCAAAGGCACCUACGGCAAAGUCAAGAGGGCCACCGAGAGGUUUUCGGGCCGAGUGGUUGCUAUAAAAUCCAUCCGUAAGGACAAAAUUAAGGAUGAACAAGACAUGGUUCACAUCAGACGAGAGAUUGAGAUCAUGUCAUCCCUCAACCAUCCUCAUAUCAUCAGUAUUUAUGAAGUGUUUGAGAACAAAGAUAAGAUUGUAAUCAUCAUGGAAUAUGCGAGCAAAGGCGAGCUGUACGAUUACAUCAGCGAGCGGAGACGCCUGAGCGAGCGCGAGACCAGACACUUCUUCCGGCAGAUUGUGUCCGCCGUGCACUAUUGUCACAAGAAUGGUGUGGUCCACCGGGACUUGAAGCUGGAAAAUAUACUGCUCGAUGACAACUGCAAUAUUAAGAUUGCUGACUUUGGGCUUUCCAACCUGUACCAGAAGGACAAGUUCUUGCAAACAUUUUGCGGGAGCCCACUCUACGCGUCUCCUGAAAUUGUCAAUGGGAGACCUUACCGAGGGCCAGAGGUGGACAGCUGGGCCCUGGGCGUGCUGCUUUACACUCUCAUUUAUGGAACAAUGCCCUUCGAUGGUUUCGAUCACAAAAACCUCAUUCGGCAGAUCAGCAGCGGAGAGUACCGGGAGCCCACGCAGCCCUCAGAUGCUCGAGGACUCAUUCGGUGGAUGCUGAUGGUGAACCCUGAUCGCCGGGCCACCAUUGAGGACAUUGCCAACCACUGGUGGGUGAACUGGGGCUACAAGACCAGCGUCUGUGACUGCGAUGCCCUUCACGACUCCGAGUCCCCGCUGUUGGCACGGAUCAUCGACUGGCACCACCGUUCCACUGGGCUGCAGGCUGAGGCCGAAGCCAAAAUUAAGGGCCUGGCCAAACCUGGGGCCUCUGAGGUCAUGCUGGAGCGACAGCGGUCACUGAAGAAGUCCAAGAAAGAGAAUGACUUUGCCCAGUCUGGCCAGGACUCAGUGCAGGAAAGCCCAUCCAAGUUAAGUUCCAAGAGGCCCAAGGGGAUCCUGAAGAAACGAAGUAACAGUGAACAUCGCUCUCACAGCACCGGCUUCAUUGAAGGCGUCGUGGGUCCUGCCUUACCAUCUGCUUUCAAGAUGGACCAGGACUUGUGCCGGACUGGUGCACCCCUCCCGAGCUCCGCCGAUGCAGAGGUGCCGGUAAAACUCAGUCCCAAACAGUCGGCCACCAUGCCCAAGAAAGGCAUCUUGAAAAAGACCCAGCAGAGAGAAUCGGGUUACUACUCGUCCCCAGAACGCAGUGAGUCUUCCGAGCUGUUGGACAGUAACGACGGGAUGGGCAGCAGCAUCCCUUCCCCCAGCCCCCCAGACCCAGCCCGGGUGACCUCCCACAGCCUCUCCUGCCGGAGGAAGGGCAUCUUGAAACACAGCGGCAAGUACUCAGCGGGCACCAUGGACCCGGCCCUCGUCAGCUCCGAGAUGCCCACACUGGGAUCCUUGUCAGAGCCCGGUGUCCCCACCGAGGGCCUCUCCCGGAGCUACAGCCGUCCUUCCAGUGUCAUCAGCGAUGACAGUAUCCUGUCCAGCGACUCCUUCGACUUGCUGGAUUUGCAGGAGAAUUGCCCUGCCCGCCAGCGCAUCCGCAGCUGCGUCUCUGCCGAAAACUUCCUCCAGAUCCAGGACUUUGAGGGGCUCCAGAACCGGCCCCGGCCCCAGUACCUUAAACGGUACCGGAACCGGCUGGCAGACAGCAGCUUCUCCCUCCUCACGGACAUGGAUGACGUGACUCAGGUGUACAAGAAAGCGCUGGAGAUCUGCAGCAAGCUCAACUAGCUGUCUGGAGCGCAGGGGUGGGGCGGGCGGGCACCUUGGAGGAAGGAGAGCAAGACUUAUGCCGACAGGCUGUUUACCUCUUUGCUGGCCAUGAGGAUAGACUGAAAAAGGAUUGGUGCCAUCUCGCUUGGCCAAUUUUGCAGCCUUGAGCCAGCGCCUAAAAGGGAGAAUGGGCUCUCUGCCAGUUCUACUGCCAGUCAGAAUUUGGGUCCUAAUUGGCAUUUGCUUAUGGCACCUCCUAGAGGACCACCUGUCCAGGAGGGUGGUGUUGGCCAGCACUUAGUUGGGGGAGGAAACAUGGGAGAGGAAGCAUUUCCCUAGAUGUUAUGCAAGUGCUUCUGGGGGAGGGGUGAGAGUGGCUGCGGCCAUCUGCUUUGGGUGGGCCCUAGGAGCUUGCUCCUUUUCUCCUCACAUUAGCAAGCUUGGCCUGACUGCAUGGAGCUGGCAAGUAGAUGUCAGCAACCUGAGGUUGCAUCGAUGCUCAAUUGAUAGUGUCUGCUGGGUGUCCUGGUGUGAGUAGCCCAGGCAUGUCAGGAAGGAGUGCUGUGAUUGAAUAGUACUGUCUGCCAUGGGAAUGGGAAGGGAGGUCAUAGCCCUCAUGCCAGGUCAUCUUUGACCUGGCUAAGCCCUGGGAAUCAAGUUAAGGCAUCCUGUGAGAUCUACAUUUGUGCCACUGGUGUGGCAUUUGUCAGUUUGCUACUCUAUCUUGAAUGAAAGACAGGGCCUUGGUCAGAGAGAGAAUGCGCUGAACCCUGCUGAGGACAUAGGGUCAGCCCAUGGUGAUAUUUUGGCUCCUUGCUGUCCACCUCCUCUUUCUUCAUGUCCACCGUGCUCUUUAGCACAACCUCCUGAGGGUGGACAAAGCAAAGGACGGUGGUUUCAGAGGUCGAAACUGUUGUGUGUGACAGAGCACAGAGCACAAGACCUUCUGUGGUCUUUGCACAGAUGGCUGGAGGUUGAUGCACAACGGCAAGGGGCAACUUGUCACUUUCUUUAAUGUCUCAAUAUUAACUGGAAUGCUGCCUCUUGGGUUCUCACCUGCAUGAAGGCUUGAAUUGGAUGUGAUACUGUCCAUCAUCUCCAAAGGAUUGCCUGUCUCAGCCAUCAGCCCCGUUCACUAAGAGCAAAUGGUUUCCCUGUCCACCUAGUGUAGAAUCCUCAGAGGUAGGUGAGUUUGCCUCUAGGGAGUUAGUGUGUAGGGGGGAUAUCUGGAUGAGGAAAGACAGGCAGAAGGUGACUUUUCCCCAAAUAUAAGUGUUCUUUGUCAUGGUUUUGACUUUGACAUGAACUCCUGGGCUUUAGGGAAAAGGAAAGUUCCAUUCAUUUAAAUGACUAAGGUGUUUGGAAGAGCUGAGUGGGUUGGGAAGAAGCUUAUAAGAGAGGGGACAUUUCCUCAGAAGUCCUGCAGGUGGUUCUGGAGAAGGCAGAAAAGAGAUGUGUCAGGACUCUUAUCUUAAAAACGCAAAGAACUAGGUGUGUAAUUUCUAAACACUCAGAUUACAGGUGACAAGAUGUCACUCCCACAUGGGACAUCUUCAGGAUACUGGGCUUGGAAUUAAUGGUGUCUUUGGGAUGACUUCUGAUUCUACUGUCCUGGGCAAAUCAAAAUCCUUAUUUCAAGAUGGUUGACCACUCAUAGGCACGUCGAGAGAUUGGAGGACUGGUUUUGGGGAUAUCUUUGGAAAAACCAACAAGCAAUAGUCCAUAGGGAGAUGAGAAAGAAUUCAUUUUACAGCACUGGGUUAAUUAGAAUGAGAUUGCCGUUUCCUCAAGGAGGAGGUUCUGUUUCUCCCCAUGCCACCAGCACUGCUGAUUUGGCUUGAGUGUUCCUUCAGGUGGAGCUGAGCAGUGGUUUAUGGGAGCUGCCCAGUUUCCUUUCAUUCAAUUCCACCUCCUUCCUGAACUCCAACAGAGGUGAAAAGGGAAAAAAAAUCUGCAGAUAGCAAAUUGUGUGUGGGGGUGUGGGGGUGCACAGAGAGCAGCUGGCAGCCUCUGUGCCCCCUACUUCCUGCCUCAUUUUGUGCAGCCUUUUCUGAGCAGCCUAUACUGCCACACUGCUGGCCCCUCGCGCAUGGCAGCUGGCCACGUUGGUAGCUGUCAGGACGUAUAACGUCCAUCUAUUAACCAAUUUUUCCUUUUGCCAGGUGAUUAUGUCUGUUUGGUAUUUUCCAUCAUUCUAAUCUUUAAGUAAAAGUGAAACUAUUAAGGAAAAUCAUUCUACUCCCUUCUCUCUCCCUAAAAACACCUGUCUAUCCUCUUUUUGUCAACAAACUCAGACAGUGGAUUGUGGCACAGAAAGUCCUCCACUCAGAGGCUGAUACUCAGUUGAGUCCCAGUCUGCUGUGAAGUCGCUGGUGGUCUUAGGCACCUGAAGUGUUUUCAGGGCUAAGUUUUCCUUUCAUUGAGCGCUGAAGGGGUAGAUUAGCAGGUCUCUCAGGCUCUGCUCAGUUCCGACAUUCUGCUGACAUCCUCUGGUUCUAGAUCUGAUGCUGACUGUCCUUUCAAGGAAAAACUUGGAAUAGAAGGAAAGGCCCUUUCACAGCAGCUCCCUCUGCUUCCUGAUUAAGUCCUGUCAUCCGUACCAGCCAAUCCCCUGCCAAGGAAGUUAUGCUUGAUUCAUUUCCAUGGAAUUACAAGUGAGAGACACUUUUAUGAUCUGGUGGACAGAGCAGGAGAUUCUAUGUCGGCUCUCCUGGUCCUUUCCUUGUCCCUGUGGGCCUUUCAGCGUCUCAGUUUACACAUCUGCCAAAGGGGUAGAAUUAUACUUCUUUUUACAGGUAAAUUUCAAGGCACGAUCAGUUUUCAGGAAGUGCUUCAAGACCCCAGGCGAAAAUGAAAAUGCUAAGUACCCUCUGAAUUUCCAUCCCUGUUACCAGGUGCUGCUUCUUCAAAUGUGGGGAGCACUUUUCAGGGUGAAAUUCAGGCGAGUUUUGCCCAGGCCUACUGUCUUGAGUACAAAUGUGAAUGAUCGACUGACUGCUUGUUGCCAAACUGGAAAUGUUCUGUAGGGAUUUACUGGCAUGGUAUCAUUCCUAGAAGAAAAAAAAAAGAGAGAGAGAAACUUGACUGCACAUUUUUAAAAUAUCCAUGUUGUGAUUUUUAAUUUAAUUUCUAUUUUUUUUUUUUUUGGUAAUAAAAAGUUGACUUUUUUAUUUGAAUUUGUCUUUUUUAUUUAUUGGUCUGAAAGGCAUUUCAAAGGUAUUAUAAUAAUAUAUUGGUGUAAUUUAAUUGGUGCAACAUGCUUUAUGGCUCCAGUCAAAAUUGGUUUUCGCUCAUUUGAUUGGUUUGAGCCCAGAACAUCCUACAGGGGAAAAAAAAAAAAGCUGGAUAACCACCCAAAGUGUUUGUAUUUUCAUUGGAAACUGUUUUUUGUUUCAUUUUGUUUUUGUUUUUUUUGUUUCUGUUUUUAUUUUUAAAUUAAAUAAAUUGCAAUGAACUGAA